AUGAUUGUAUUAUUUAAGUUUAGGAUUGAUUAAUUUUCAUAUCGCAAUCAAUCAUAAGAUGUAAUAUUAAAUUUAAGUUUAGGAGUGUCAAAGGCAAAGUGUCAUAUUGGGAGAACUCGCAAAAAGAUAGAGAAGAAGAGGAUCAAUAAUCUAAAUCAUUAAAAUCUACUUAGACAAGCAAAGGGCAAUAAGAUUCAAAUCUAAUAUAAGGGUAUUUUAUUCAUAUUAGUCGAACUUAGUCAAUCAGAAAAGCCUGACUAAGAUCACAUUAUACGGGAAAGUGAUGUAAUCAAAACCCUGAAUAAAAUGUUUAAUGACAACCCUUAAGUGAGAGAUCAUAUUGAAGGAUAAUUAGAGAAAUAAAGCCAAAUGUCCUCACAACUUGAAGAUGAUUGGGAAGAAGAUAAUGAGAAGAAUGAUUAAUUAUAUUCGCAAGAAUUGAUUUAGUAAGUCAAUGAUCAAGAAUUACAAAGUGAAGACAGAAUUUAUGUAGGUAUGAUAACUAAUGAAUUUACAUCGCAAAUGAAGAAAUCCAAGAGGUUAUCUAUGGAUUUAUAAUCAAUAAGCAUUCCGAAUCGAACUUAAUCAAUUUUAUAAUCAAAACUUAUAUUCAAUGACUAGAACCAAUUAAUUUUAGUAUAGGAUGACAGUUAUUACUUAGAAUAAUUGGAUAAGAUUAUAUAUAUUUAGCGAUAUAUCAAAUGCAAACUGACUAAAGAGAAGAAGGAAAAGGAAAAACAACUAAUUGAAAAAAUGAAUAGAUAUAGAAUAAAUGUAUUGAAUGAGUUAAUUCAAACAGAGGUUAAGUAUGUAGCUGAUUUGGAGAUUCUAAAUGCAAUCAAAAUCAAAUUGGCUAAACAAUUUUCAAAUAAAAAGGACGAUAUAAAGAUGAUGUUUAAUAUUCAUGAAAUUCUCAAAUUUAAUACUGAAUUCUUGAGUGAAUUGUAAAAGAAAAAUAAUUUGAAGGACCCUAAUGCAAUUGUGAUGGAUAGCAUAGUUCCUCUUUUGAAUGGGUUUAUAUUCUACUAUGAAUAUUGCAAGGCUUAUGAACAGGCUAGAAAAAUUACUACUUAAUAUGAAGCAAUACCUGCCUUCUAGUAAUGUAUCAAGGAUAUCGAAGUACAGAAUUUAUUAAAAGGCUUAUCACUAAAUGAUUACACUAUUAAACCUGUUCAGCGAUUGCCUAAAUAUGUACUUUUAUUCAAGGACUUAUUAAAACAUACAAUGCAAUCUCAUCCUGAUUAUUAAAAUGUGAAAAAUUGUUUAGAAACUAUUGAAAAGAUUAAUGACAAGAACAAUAGCGAAAUGGAUGUCUAUCUAAAAUAGGCAAAGUUAAUUGAAUUAUAUUAACAAUUUGGAAACAUCUAAAAUUUGACAAUCUUUGAACCAAAUAUAUAUUUCAUCUUUGAAGAUAUUUGUUCUAUUUACACAAAAAAAAUAGAACAAAGAAUCAUUAUAUACGCAUUUAAUAAUUUACUCUUAUUUGCGAAAAUAAACAAGCAGAAUAGUUUGGAGUAUCAACUUCAUAUUCCAAUUACACACCUGUCAUUUAUCAAGGACAUAAAAGAUUUAUUAAUAAUUAAGAAUUCUUUUGAGUUUGUGAAUCGUAAUGAGACCAUCAUUAUUGUAAAUGAGGAUAGCAAGACAAAAGAAAUAUUGAAGACUAAAAUUUAACUUAUAAUAAACUCAUAAAAAGAGAUUUUUGAAUCAAAAAUAGAUAAAAAACAAGACAUAAAUAAUAUUUGUGUUAAGGUAGAAAUACUAGGGACUGAAUCAGAUCCUAAGUUCGACAAGAAUAUUACAUUUUAUAAGACAAACUUCACUAUUGACACUAUUCAGAUUACAAGUCUAAUAAGGUUUAGUCAAGUGGUAAGUUUAACUCAGUUAGUGAAUAAAUAUGAUAGCAAACUGAAAAUUCCAACAAUAGCAAAGAGUUUGUCAUCAAAGAGUUAAAAAGUAAUUGAUGAAAGAAAGCUAAGGAUGGAGUAACUGUUAUAAAUUAUACUUAAUUCUCCGUAGAUAAUAUAAAACUCUGAAUAUUAGAGGUAAGUAUUGGAAAUACUAAAUCUUGACACUAAAUUCUAUAGUUUACCUGAAUAAAUGAAGUAAAAACCUGAGUUAUUUUAGCACAAGGCUAAAUUGAGAUAAUAGAAGAAUUAAAAGAAUUCUAAUUUAGAAUUUCUCCAUUCAUUUCAAGAAGAGAAAUUUAGAUCUAAAAUAAGUGAAGACGAUAAAUAGAUAAAAAUUGGGCAAGAAGCAGCCAAUUAACCAUAUUGCAUUGAAAUAAUGAUAUUGACUGGGUAGACCCUAUAGGUUGGCUUUAAGAAAAACACAACAACUUGGUUCAUAAAGAAUGCAGUUGCAAAUCAAAUUAAUUUAAAGUGUUUUGUUGAUUUCAAAAUAUUUAUAGUGGACACAGCAGGAAUAAUAAGAGUAAUUGAGGAUGAUGAAAAGAUUUCAACUAUUUUAGAUACUAGCAAAACAGGGUUUCUUAAAUCUUUGAAAAAUAUGUUUAUCAAUGGAACAAAAUUUCAAUUUAUUUUCAGAAAAUACUUAUACUUACCUUGGAGACAGGAAGAAUUAGAAUAUCAAUAGGAUGAAGUUAGAUUGAAAUGUUUAAUGUUCGAAAUUGUAUUUUUGGCAAAAGAUUAAACGUUUCCUUUGAGUUUCAUAGAUUUUUGUUUGAUGACGGCAUUCUAUAGUAUUGCAACCCAGUAAAAAAUUGAUAGAAAUCUAUUGAAAAAAGCAAUUCCUGCUUGUGUUAUAAAAUAGCAUACCGAGAAGAUUUGGUUAGAAUAGAUUUAAAGGGAAGUGGCAUACAGGGAAAAUUAACUUUUGGAAUUUUAGACCCAAUCGUAGAAGAAGGAUCCAAAUAAAAAGAACUAUUCGAUUUAGAGUUUAUCAUCCUUAUUGAUGGUAACUUGUUUUUAGACUAAUGUUUUGUUUGGGAUGUAAUUGUUUUUUGUAGAAUGUUCGAAAGAAACAAUUUAGAUGGUUUAAUAGAAAGAGUUCGGAAUUAAACUUAGUUAUCAAGUAUUAAUAGGAUUGAAUUUUAAUGGUUUGCAUUUCAUAAAACCUGAGAAUCGAACUUGGCUGGGCAGGAUUGAUUUUAAAUUGAUUACAGAAAUAAAAUCAUUUCCGAUUGAAUUUGUUUGUAAAAUCAACGAUUGCAAUUUGAAAUUUAAGACUUAGACACCUUAUGAAAUUAAACACUUGAUUCUAGAGUAUUAGCAAAUAAAUGAAAUUCUAAAUUCCUGA